UCUCCUGACUCGCUGUGUGUGUGUGUGUGUGUGUGUGUGUGUGUUAGUGAGAGAGUGAGCGAGUGUGUGUGUGUGUGUGAGAGGGCCAGCUGGCGGUCUGUGCUCUGCUCGGCUCACUGCUAGCAAUGGCGCUGCGGGCUGCCCAGCUCUCUCCUCCGUGUCUCCUCGCGGCCGCGCUGCUGCUGCUGCUCGCUAGCGGACCACAGGCCGGACUCUGUUGCCCGAGCCGCUGCCUGUGCUUCCGGACCACCGUGAGAUGCAUGCACCUCAACCUGGAGACCGUGCCGGCGGUGUCCCCUCAGACCACCAUCCUAGACCUGAGGUUCAACAAAAUCAAGGAUAUACAACCGGGUUCUUUCCAACGAUUAAAGAACCUCAACACACUCCUUCUCAACAACAACCACAUACGCAGGAUCCCCAGGGGGGCGUUCGAAGACCUGGAAAACCUCAAAUAUCUCUAUUUGUACAAGAAUGAAAUCCAAUCAAUUGACAGACAAGCAUUUAAGGGGCUUGUCUCUCUUGAGCAACUGUACCUGCACUUCAACAACAUUGAGUCUUUGGAACCAGAAUCAUUCACCCAUCUACCAAAGCUGGAACGACUGUUUUUGCACAACAACAGAAUUACCCAACUGGUCCCGGGAACCUUCUCUCAUCUUCAGGCCAUGAAGCGAUUGCGACUGGAUUCCAAUGCAUUAAAUUGUGACUGUGAGCUGCUGUGGCUGGCUGACCUGCUGAAGCAGUACGCCGAGUCAGGCAAUGCCCAGGCUGCUGCUACCUGCGACUACCCCAGCCGCCUGCAGGGCAGAUCGGUGGCAACGCUCACUGCUGAGGAGCUCAACUGUGAGGUACCCAGGAUCACCUCAGAGCCCCAGGAUGUCGAUGUCACAUCAGGGAACACUGUCUACUUCACGUGCAGGGCCGAAGGCAACCCGAAACCACAGAUCAUCUGGCUCAGGAACAACAACGCUCUAAACAUGCGCGACGACAGUCGUCUGAACCUGCUGGAAGAUGGGACGCUGAUGAUCCAGGACACCAGGGAGACGGACCAGGGGGUCUACCAGUGCAUGGCCAAAAACGUAGCCGGCGAGGUCAAGACUUCCCAGGUCACACUGCGGUAUUUCGGAGCCCCCUCACGGCCAAGUUUUGUGAUCCAGCCCCAGAACACCGAGGUGCUGGUGGGAGAGAGCGUCACCCUGGAGUGCAGUGCCACCGGUCAGCCCCAGCCCCGGGUCUCCUGGACAAAGGGCGACCGGACGCCCCUACCCAAUGACGCUCGCAUCAACAUCACCCCCUCUGGAGGGCUGUAUAUCCAGAAUGUGGAUCAGGCCGAUGGGGGACAAUACACCUGUUUUGCCUCCAAUAACGUCGAUACCAUACAUGCGACAGCUUUUAUCAUUGUACAAGCAAUCCCCCAGUUCACAGUCACACCGCAGGACCAGUCGGCCCUGGACGGUCACACGGUGGACUUUCCUUGCGAGGCAAGUGGUUACCCACAACCGGUGAUUGCCUGGACAAGGGGGGGCAGUCCCUUACCCCUGGACCGUCGCCACGUGGUCCUGUCGUCCGGUACUCUCCGCAUCACUCGGGUUGCAGCCCACGACGAGGGCCAGUAUGAGUGCCAGGCAGUCAGCCCUGUGGGGACUGUGCGCACCGCUGUUCAGCUCAGCAUCCAGCAGAGAGUAACGCCUGUUUUCACAAAUGCUCCAAGGGACCUGACAGUUGAGUCUGGCCAGGAUGUCCAGAUUCCCUGCAGCGCUCAGGGCCAGCCGCAACCCGUCCUCACCUGGAACAAGGAUGGCGUACAGGUGACAGAAAGUGGAAAGUUUCACAUCAGCCCUGAGGGUUACCUGGAGGUGAAGGACGUGGGCACUGCUGACGCUGGACGCUACGAGUGUGUCGCUCGCAAUCCCAUUGGCUACCAGGUUGCUAGCAUGGUGCUAACUGUCACGGUUCCUGCAGUCAGCAGAGAGGGGGACACCUUCGUGAGCACGUCCAUAGAGCAGGCCAUCCGUAACGUGGACAGUGCUAUUGAGUCCACAAGGAGACGUCUAUUUGAUGGUCAGCCUCGUACCCCAGGAGAGUUGCUAGCUCUUUUCCGGUAUCCUCGUGACCCCUACACAGUGGAGCAGGCGCGUGCGGGGGAGAUCUUCGAGCAAACCCUUCUGCUCAUCCAGAACCACGUCAACCAGGGUCUCAUGGUUGAUACCAACGGCACCGCAUUUCGUUACAAUGACCUGGUGUCCCCCCACUUUCUGGAUGUGAUUGCCAAUCUUUCUGGCUGUACAGCCCAUCGCCGCUUCAACAACUGCUCUGACAUUUGUUUCCACCAGAAGUACCGCAGCCACGACGGUACCUGCAACAACCUGCAGCACCCUAUGUGGGGCGCCUCACUCACUGCCUUCGAACGACUCCUGAAGUCGGUCUACGAUAACGGCUUUAACCUGCCGAGGGGUGCCACUGAGCAGCCGCAUAAUGGAUACAGGCUGCCGCUGCCGAGGCUAGUGUCCACUGCCAUGAUUGGAACAGAGACCAUCACUCCUGAUGACCGCUACACUCACAUGCUGAUGCAAUGGGGUCAGUUCCUAGACCACGACCUGGACUCAACAGUGGCUGCCCUCAGUCAGUCGCGGUUCUCCGAUGGCCAGCUCUGUGCUCAGGUUUGCACCAACGACCCACCGUGCUUCCCAAUCCAGUUCCCUCCCAAUGACCAACGACAGCUGCGAAGUGGCGCCCGCUGCAUGUUCUUUGUGCGAUCCAGCCCUGUGUGCGGCAGCGGGAUGACGUCUCUGCUCAUGAACAGCGUUUAUCCAAGAGAGCAAAUCAACCAGCUAACCUCUUACAUCGAUGCUUCGAAUGUCUACGGCAGCUCACGGCACGAAUCGGAGGAAGUCCGAGACUUGGCCAGCCAAAGGGGUUUGCUCCGGCAAGGCAUCAUACAGCGAACAGGGAAACCACUUCUGCCUUUUGCCACUGGACCACCAACUGAGUGUAUGAGGGAUGAAAAUGAGAGCCCGAUUCCAUGUUUCUUAGCGGGAGACCACCGUGCAAAUGAGCAGCUUGGUUUGACUGCCAUGCACACAGUGUGGUUCAGGGAACACAACCGCAUAGCCACAGAGCUACUUAGACUGAAUCCCCACUGGGACGGGGACACCAUCUACCAUGAGGCAAGGAAGAUAGUGGGGGCCCAGAUGCAGCACAUCACCUACAGUCACUGGUUGCCGAAGAUCCUGGGUGAGGUAGGCAUGAAGAUGAUGGGGCCAUACGCCGGUUAUAACCCCAAUAUUAACGCAGGCAUCCUCAGCGCUUUCGCCACUGCUGCUUUCCGCUUUGGGCACACCCUCAUCAACCCAAUACUGUACAGGUUAGAUGAGGACUUCCAGCCCAUUCCCCAGGGACACAUCUCUCUACACCGCGCCUUCUUCUCCCCGUUCCGCAUCGUGAACGAGGGUGGCAUUGACCCGCUGCUUCGUGGGCUCUUUGGCGUCGCCGGGAAAAUGCGUGUUUCCACUCAGCUGCUAAAUACGGAGCUGACAGAGAGGUUGUUCUCAAUGGCCCACGCUGUGGCCCUGGACCUGGCUGCCAUGAAUAUUCAGAGAGGAAGGGAUCAUGGCAUACCCCCAUACAAUGAUUACAGGACCUUCUGUAACCUGACCUCAGCUCAGACGUUUGAUGAGUUGAGGAACGAGAUCAAGAAUCCGAGUGUCAGAGAGAAACUACAGCGGUUGUACGGCACUCCUCUGAAUGUUGACCUGUUCCCGGCCCUAAUGGCUGAAGACCUGGUCCCUGGCAGUAGACUGGGGCCCACCCUCAUGUGCCUGCUGGCAGCUCAGUUUAAACGCCUGAGGGAUGGUGACAGAUUCUGGUACGAGAACCCAGGCGUGUUCACUCCCGCCCAGUUGACCCAGUUGAAGCAGGCGUCCCUGACACGGGUGCUGUGUGACAACGGGGACAACAUCACACGCGUCCAGCGGGAUGUCUUCAGUGUGGCAGAGCUUCCUCAUGGCUACGGCAGCUGUGACGACAUUCCUCAGAUCGACCUGCGCAUGUGGCAGGAUUGCUGCGAAGACUGCAGAACCAAGGGUCAGUUCAACGCCCUGUCGUACCACUUCAGGGGACGCAGGUCAGCUGAGCACAGCUACACAGAGGAGAAACCUGCCAACAGCAUCCAGGAGAACAGACUCAGCCCAGCGGAGGAAACCAUCGAAAGUCAAGUAAAUGUCACUCUCACUUCCAAGAAAAGCACUGAACCCUCGGUCAUCGACUUCCAGGAUUUUGUCUCUGACAUGCAGAAGACGAUCACAAGUUUACGAAAGCAGAUUAGAAGACUUGAAGCCCGUCUGAGCAAGACUGACUGCACUGAUAUUGAGGGACGCGAGCGAACAGAUGGGGAUCGGUGGAAAAAGGACUCCUGCACCAUAUGUGAAUGCAGAGAAGCCCAGGUGACCUGCUUUGUGGAGUCUUGUCCACCAGCCGAGUGCAAACGGCCCGUCAAGUUAAAAGGUGCCUGCUGCCCGGUUUGCCUUGACAAGCGACAAAAAACGGACACCCACCAAAACUAACCCUCAGGACCCCCGCCGCCCGCCCCAACAAAACACUCCAGUGUCUGAAAGUCACACACAGACAUCCAGAGAGAGGAAGAGACUCUUGAAGGUGUGCUAAUCCACAGCCACUAAAAGCCUCGAUAGACCCAAUAGCCUCAGUUUUUAUUUUUGUUUCAUUUUAUAUCCUUUUUCUUUGAUCAGUAGAGGGGUUGAAUUUUGUUUUGCCCCCUGCAGGACCAGCAGACUGAGGCUCUGUUUGAAAUCUUCUGGCAACAAGCCAGCGAUCACUAAAUGGAUUUAAUUCUGAACCGAUGGAUGGAUUGUAAACAAGACGGACAAAUCUCUCCUGCCUGCCCGGAGUCCACUGAGGCUUCUGAAGUGUAACAAACAGCCGCUGUGUUUGCUCUCCUGCGACUAACACUUGGUGACAAAACACAGGGCCAGUUGCCGUCAACAAGCAGGAAAGGGAAGUAGAUUGGAAGGUGGCAGCCAUUAUGUUGUAUCACAAAAAAAAAAUUCUCAGGUUAGAGAUGCCGAAAACUGGUGCUAUAUCCCCCCUCCUUUUUUUUAUUAAUGAUUUAAUCACUAAAUACAAACCUUCAAAGUAUUGUCUUUUGUAUGCAACGCAACCUAUAUAUACUCAGUAUAUGCCUUUUUAAUGAAAAUCACAAUUGAGAGGAUUGUUUUAUUCAAACUAAAAGCCUUUUUUAUGAAUAGAGUUACUUCAUCUUUUAAUCCACGGUGCUUUAUUCCAUGUUUUGAAUAUGUUUUUCUUAUUCUUCCCUUUUUGUAUAAAACAUGAAGAUAAUGUGAAGCCCUACAAAAAUGUUUGUAAUGCAAAAAAAAAAAAAAAAAAAAGUCUACUGAUUACUGCUCCUCUCUCCAUGGACACCUUGUUGGUUAGGUAUUGUCUCUGCCGGCCUGUCCUGAACUUGAGUGAGGAGGGGGCCGCGCUGCGCUCCCCGUUGCAGGACACUCGAUCCAGCUUUUGCAGUGCUGUGCUCCUUUCCAAGAUUAAUUUUGCUUUCAGAAAGCAGUGAAAGAACAUCAACUCUUUUUACCACUGUAAUGUUGAAACCUUUGUCCCAGUAUUUUGCUCCUCAGUCUUUCGAAAGCCAAAUGUAUGACUUAUUAACUUCUCACUUAGUAACUUCUGAUAUAAAUAACACUCGUCUAUCUAUAAAACUAUGUCUGAAUGUUGUCAUGAGGACAGGAUUUAGCCUUUGGUACUGCAAACUCUACCACAGCAGUAUUCUCCUUUGGACCUGCUCACAGUUGUUGUUUUACUUCUGUUUAUCCAUCGCAAGUCCACAGACCACACACAUUUGAAGGACUGUUACCAUGACUGUUGACCGUUCUCUAGAUUUGUGGACCUGCAGCUUUCCAGCCCCAGUUUACACAAGGACACGCCUGCAUGCAUUCCUCUGUCAAGCGUCCACUCUCUUCACCUUUUCUCUCAUGAGAUUGUACUCAUGUGUUCCGUGUUUUCGUUGACGUUUCCACCUGUGAGGACCCGUUGUCAGUGUUGAUAUAGGUUAAGAAUUCUUCGCUCUCCUCGUGUUUCAUUUCCAUGUUGAAGAUUUCGAGACCAGGGAGACGUCAUCCAGCAGAGCAUUAAGCGGUGCGCAGGCUUCUCUUGCUCUCUGACCCUCAUUCCGCUGUAAUGGAAGCCAUAUGAGAGGGGAAGCGAGGGUAAUGUUGGGGGAUGGGUGCUGAUGAUCAGGAUAUGGUAUCAAUCGAAACCAUUUUUUCGUCACGUUGCUAUUGGGAGACAAAUUUAUUCCACUGCCUCCUGUCAGCUGGUUGUCCACAAGUACUGUACAUAGACUGUACCCCAUGCACUGGCUCACUUAGUGUAACACUUCACGUUUUUGUUGUUUUCCUGUUUUGCUCUGCUCCUGAUUGUGUGGAAGUGGCUGCAGCUGCACUGUUCCUUUCCAUUGUUUUCUUUAUGUGGUAACGUCCUGAGCAAGUAUCUGUCACUAAACACAAAUAAUACUCUCUGGAAUGUUCCGUUCAGGAUUCCAGAUGGAUUGUGGGGCUGGCAGUACCACUGGUAUAUUGGUAUCAUAUCACAUGUUUGAAUAUAUUGGAAAGGUUUGUACAUCAAACUGUGUCUAUGGUUGUGUACAGUAUGUUGCUCUCCUUCAUUGCAUUCUGACAGUGGCUUCUACAACAUAACCGUUAACAUCCCAUUCCCUGUUUUACUGAAUUUAGUAUUUUAAUAAUUGUAAUUUGAUCAACUAUGUGAAUGAAUGAGUCUGUGUCUGUCUCUGUAACAUGCUUAAUGCAUUUAUGGCCCAAGCUUUGGCUGCCAACGCACUGUGAGCUCUCUUCGUUGCCAGUCGUCAGUGACAUCCAUAUAUCUGUUGCAUUAGUUCAUUUGUGUUUUCUGUUUUCAUCAUGGUUCAUGAUCAUGGUUUUUUCAUUCCCCCUACCAACUCUCAACUGUCAAUGGAAUGCACUGCUCUGCAAGACUGAACACGCUUCACCCACACUGUCUCUGAACCAGUGGUCAAUGUGGAUAUAGUAGUACAUGUCAUGACAUUUGUAUUGUAUUGUAAGUUUGCCAAAGAAUGGUUUGCACUGUAAUGUAUGCCUCUCAAUAGUAAUAAUAAAUAAAUACGCCACAUUUGAAAUACA